UUAUCUAAUGGACUUGAACUAAUUAGAAUGUCUUCUUUAAUAAUUAACAGAAGCCAAAGAUUAAAUUUUAAGUAUAUAAAUAGAUUAUUGAAAGAGACUGCUAAUUAUUGUUCAGCUUAUCCAGAGAGUGCUACAUAAAUAGCAAUAAUGAUUGAGAAUGAAUUUAUUUAGACAAGGAAGGAUAAGAAAAGAAUAUAUUUAUAUUUGAUUCAUCAAAUAAUUUUAGAUGAGAACCAAUUAAAAAGACAGGAUAAUCCAUUUUUAAAGGCAUUUGGUGGAAAAUUAAAAAAGUUAUUGGGAGACUUUUGCAUAGUAGAUGACAUAAAAGAUUUGGAGAGUGCUCACACAAUAAUAAAGAGAUGGGAUAGGGAUCAAAUAUUCCAUCCUUCCUUUACCUCAAAACUGAAAUCUAUCUUAUAGCCAAAGUAUGAUCAACUAAAACAAUAACAGGAAACUUUUAAUGCUUUGAAUUAGACUGAUGCAUCAGCAAAUAAAGUAUUACAACAUAAUAUUUAAACAGUAUAAGUAUAUAAAUAAAUAUAUAUGAUUAGUCAAUUGAAUAGUCACAUAAAAUAUAUAAGCACCUAAAAUAGUUAGCUGAUAUUGAUAGCAAGACUUUAGAAUUUAAUUGCAGUUAUGAUAAAUUUGAUGAGAAGACAACAUCAAAUUAAGAAUUGUAAGGAUUGAUUGAAGAAGGUGAGACAUGUAGAGAACAAUUAAUUUAGGUAAUGAUUUAUUGGAUUUAAAAUAGAGUAUUAUUCAUUUAUAGUAAUUCUAUAUUGACAUGGCUAUUUAAGGAGAAAACCUAUAAUCUGAUUAUUACCAGGGAAUGCAAAAGAAAAUUGAUUAUUAUAAGGAAAAGAAAAGGGAGUUGUGA